AUGUCCGAUAAUCGUGGUCGAGGCCGAGGCCGUGGAGACCGUGGAGACCGAGGAGGAGGAGAUCGUGGGGGUCGCGGACGCGGCCGUGGUGACGGCAACGGCAGUGGCCGUGGUGAUACCAGCAUGCCAUUCCGCCCAGCAAGAGGUCGUGGAGGGGAUGAUAACUAUCGAGGUCGUGGAGGAGGCAAUCGAGGCGGAAGUGAUCGAGGAGGCCGCGGUCGUGGAGGGGACGACGGCUACCGAGGUCGUGGAGGAGGCCGUGGUCGCGGAGACGACGGCUAUCGCGGCCGCGGAGGCGAUCGUGGAGGUCGAGGUGGUCGUGGUGGAUUUCAAUCUGGACCACAGGGUCCCAGCAUCUAUCGUGCAGGUCAAUCCGUCCCCGCCCCCGAUGCCAACGUUCUCAAGACCGAGAACGCCCUCGCAAAAUCCCUCGUGGGCUUCAAGCAAGCCGAUCAGGCAUAUCCCUUGCGCCCGGGAUAUGGAACCCUAGGCAAAGAGGUGACUUUGUACGCCAACUACCUGUCGCUCACAGGUCUUGCCAAGGGGAAGCUUCUGCACCGAUAUAAUGUCGAGAUCGUGGCCGAGAAAGUUCGGGACGCUCCAGCUGGAAAGAAAGCUCGCCAGAUUAUCGCCUGCCUCGUUGACGAACACUUCGCCGCCCAGAAAUCCCACGUCGCAACUGAUUAUCGCUCCACAAUCAUCUCGGCUGUCGACCUCAAUCUUACUGAGGGCCAGACCUUCAACAUCAGAUACAAGGCCGAAGGCGAAGACGAAUACCCCGAGGACCCUCGCGUGUACCAAGUCAAAUGCGGGGACAUGCUAGCCACCAAGCCAGAGCUCAUCGCCGCUCUAAACAUCAUUAUGGGCCACCACCCCAAGACCAGCACCGACGUAGUCUCCGUCGGAGCUAACAAGCAUUUCGGAGUCUCCAGUCAGCUCAUAGAUCGUCAGGAUCUCUCCGGUGGUCUCGAGGUUCUUCGCGGAUUUUUCAUCAGUGUCCGCGCGGCUACCGCACGGGUGUUGCUGAACGUCCAGGUCAAGUAUGUGGCCUGCUACAAGGCAGGCUCUUUAGCCCAGACCAUCCAGGACUUCCGGAAUGGUGCAGAGUACAGAUAUGCAUACGAUGGCAAGAAGUCUUACCUUCUUGCUAAAUUCUUGACGCGUAUGCGCAUCACGCCAAACCAUAUCAAGCGCAAGACAAGCAGUGGAAAGCCUCGACCUGCCCCGCCCAAGACUAUUUCCGGUCUGGCCAAGAGGGAAGAUGGUAGAUCAUCCCCAAAUCCGCCUAAGGUCGCUCGUGAUGGCGCUGGUCCCAAUGAUGUGCAGUUCUUCUUGAGAGCCCCAGGUCAAGCGGCGCCGAAAGCAGCUGGGGCUGGCAAGAAGGGUAAGAAGGGCCCAGCUCCCGCCGGCCCAGCUCAGGCAGGGAAAUACGUUUCUGUUGCACAAUACUUCUUGGAUUCAUACGGCAUGAAUAUUAACAACGAGUUCCCUGUUAUCAAUGUCGGCAGCCGAGCCGAGCCUAGCUAUCUGCCCGUUGAGGCAUGCGAUGUCCCAGUUGGUCAGCCAGUGGCCAACAAACUGUCGCCAGACCAGACAAAGAACAUGCUCAACUUUGCAGUUAGAGGUCGUAGCCCAGCGCAGAAUGCCGAGGCCAUCGCGACCAACGGCGUGAGCAUGCUAGGAGUUAACCCGCCGAACGGUACACUGGCAUCAUUUGGCGUCGGCGUGAACCCGGAUCUGAUCACUGUCAAGGGCCGUGUCCUCCCUGCGCCGACAGUCUACUACAAAAACAACAAGUCUUUCACCCCUGUCAGAGGUUCCUGGAACAUGCAAGAUAUCAAGUUCUGCAAAUCCGGCGCCCUGAAGAACUGGACAUUUAUCUUCUUCCCUGGAAGACAGUACGAUCGAAUGAGCAACACAGACGUCAACGACUUGUUGUCAACUUUCGCCGAUCAUCUCAGGAAGGCAGGCAUUGCCGUUGAGGCACCAAAGCAGGGCGCCCGGAUUCUACAACCGCAGCCAGGAAAUAUCCAGAAGGAGAUAAAGGGCCUUCUCGAUAAACACGGCAAACUGGAUCUGAUCCUUGGUAUCAUGUCCAACACAGACACCGCCAUUUACAACAGUAUAAAACAGACCUGCGAUGUAACCUACGGCGUCAAGAACGUCAACGUUCAAGCAAGCAAGCUCACAUCGGACCGAGGUCUCGACCAAUACUGCGCCAACGUGGGCCUGAAAAUCAACCUAAAACUCGGCGGCGCCAACCAAAGCCUCAAGAACAUGGGCCUAUUCGGCGAUGGCAAGACCAUCGUCGCCGGCAUCGUCGCCUCGGUCGACAAAGACCUCGCCCAAUGGCCCGCGGACAUCGUCGUGCAAAAACGCCGCGACGAAAUGGUCUCAGACCUCGACCGACUACUCCAGUCUCGAAUCCGCCUCUGGGCCUCCCACAACGAGGGCGCAUUCCCAGAAAACAUUGUGGUCUACCGUGACGGUGUCAGCGAAGGCCAAUACAACCUCGUCAUCGACAAGGAACUUCCCCUCCUCAAACAGGCCUGCAAAACCGUCUACUCGGCAAAGGACACCGCAAAUGGUCUCCCAAAGAUGGCAAUCAUAAUCGUCGGCAAGCGACACAACACCCGCUUCUACCCAACCAACCCAGGCGACGCCGAGAGGUCGAACAACCCGCAGCCGGGAACCGUCGUCGACAGAGGAAUCUCCGAAGGCCGCUCCUGGGAUUGGUACCAGCAAGCUCACUCUUGCUUGCAGGGAACCGCCCGUCCGGCACACUACUUCACAGUCUGGGACGAGAUUUUCCACCCCAAAUACCCCAGUGAUGCGAACGGGCCCGGCGCGGCGGAUGUGCUGCAGGAGUUGACGCAUAAAAUGUGUUAUCUCUUUGGUCGGGCGACGAAGGCAGUUUCUGUCUGUCCACCGGCGUAUUAUGCUGACCUUGUCUGUACGCGGGCGAGAUGUUACUUGCAUCAUGUUUUUGAUCCGUCGACUCCUUCUGCUAGUGUUGCAGGCACGGAGAGGAGUGGGAAUAAUGACCCGACUCUUUCUGAUUCGAAGACUUACCGCCCGCAUGAACUUGUUAAGGAUACCAUGUUCUAUAUCUAG